ACUCGCCGCAGCAUGCCAAGCAGCAUCCGUCUCCAGAGCCCGUCGCAGUCGCUCGACUGGGCAGAGCCGACGGCGACGGCCUGCGCGCUCUGCCAGCGCGCCUUCCACAUUCUCCGGCGCCGCCACGUCUGCCGCAUGUGCCAAGGCUCGGUGUGCAAGCACUGCUUGAGCAAGAAGCCGCCCAACUCGGUCAAACUUUCGGGUCGCUUCGCCAAGUGCUGCCACGAGUGCUCGCACCGCCGCAGCGCGCCAUCCUCACCGGCCUACGACGUGCCGUCGCCGCUGCACGCGACGGAGCGCCAGCGCCUCGCGAUGCUGCACACCGCAUUGGACGUCAUGAGUCUUCGACCGGAAGCGUUCCAGCAAGGCCUCGACGCGCUCUGCCACUUUGCGGCCGACGCAUUCCAGAGCCCAAUUGUCGCCGUGACCUUAAUGGAGGCCAAUGUCCACGUCUUCCAGGCCGCCGUCGGCUUGCGCAGCCUCCCGUGCCUCCCACGAGCCGAUGCGCUUUGCAACGUGGCGAUUACGUCCAAGCAUCUCAACGUCUAUGUCGACUUGGCCGCCGCGCCCUCCAAGUAUACGACCGGUGCAUUUGUCCUGGCCCACGGCGUCCAGUUCUACGCGGGCGCGCCCAUCAUAGUCAACGACGCUGCGAUUGGCACCGUCUGCCUCAUGGGCCCAUCGCCGCGGCGACUCUGGACCGACAUGGAGACCGACCUCCUCCUCCUUCUAGCGCGGGUCGUGGCCGCCGAGCUCCUCAACGUCCCACCGAUGGGGCGGGUCCCCCGUCGCAACUGUGCGACGCCGCGCGAGAGGAUGCUCCUCCGCGGGUCCGAGACGGACAACCCGACGGCCCACGCCCGGACUUUGAGCCAAGCACGGACAAGCGCGAUGCUGUCGCCGCGUCCGCACUCGUUCUCAUCGGCGAGCAGCCUCAUGCUGGACCCGCGCGACUGGGUGCCCAACCACGCGCGCAGCGGCUGCCGCGUCUGUCGCCGCAAGUUUCGUUCCGUUUCGACGCAAGCACCACUGCCGCAUGUCGUCUGCAACGGCUGCUCGCGCCUGCGCCCAUUCGUGCUGCCGUUGCAGUCGCCCUCGGUGCAGAUCCGCAUCUGCUCGGAAUGCCACGUGAGCCGGCCACCGGACAACGCACCGACGUUCUCGCCCAACAUUCGCCUCUUGCAUGCGUCACCAACCGCCGACGACUACCUCGUCUUUGCCCGCGACGACGCGCUCUUGAGCAUGUGCCCCAAGCAGCGGGCGUCGGUCAUGUACCACAACAGCCUCGAGGUCGAAAAGCUCGCACGCGCGUUUGCCGAGCUCGUGUAUGCGCCGACGGCGUACCUCACGCCCGUCUCGGAUGCGAUGGGCAUGUGGAUGACGCUGCCGACGCCCGAAGCGCGGCGCACGAUCCAGCACUUGCUCUCGGAGCUGCUUUUUCUCGAGCACUAG